AAUUAUAGUGAAGCAAUUAUGAGAAAGGUAGCAGCACUUGUAAAUGAUUGGUUUCAUAAAACCAUGCUUGUAACACACUUUCGAAAUAAGUUGCAAAAAAGUCAUUGCCAUUUGCGUUUAAUAGAGAUUGUGAUUGUAACUACAGCAUAUCAACUGCUUCAAUAAUGAUGUCAGUUUCAAGAAUUUUACGAACGCUUUCCGAAACCGCACGUUCACGGAGUCGGAGUCAGUUCCAGAUGCCUCUGCUCAAUGGAAAUCUAGCAAAGAACUUUCAAACAAAUUGGAGGAGGCAGAUGUCUAUAAGACUAGAUGUCCCAAAGAAGAGUAACUUCAACGAGAAUGGAUAUAUAUUGUUGGUAAUACCAUUAACUACAUUCUGUCUUGGAGCAUGGCAAGUCAAGCGACGGAAGUGGAAGUUGAACCUGAUUUCUGAGUUGGAGCAGCGGACCCGGACACCUCCUGUGUCAUUCCCUGUCAAUAGCCUAGAUGAUCUCAAAGACCUGGAGUACUGCCGAGUUAGGGUGAAAGGCACAUUCGACCACAGUAAGGAGGUUUACAUUGGACCUCGCUCACUGAUGAAGUCGGAGGAAGAGAGAGGUGGUGGGCUGAUGUCUACUGGGGGUAAUUCAGGAUACCAUGUGGUAACACCAUUUCAUGUGGUGGAUUCGGAUUUAACUAUUCUAGUCAAUCGAGGCUGGGUGCCACACGGACAAGUCGAGCCACGCAAAAGACGCCAGGGACAGGUCACAGAUGAGCAGGAAUUUCUAGCAGUUGUUAGACACACAGAAAAGCGACCACCAUUUGGUGCGCACAAUGAACCGAACUCAACGAGAUGGCACCACCGAGAUAUAGAAGCCAUUUCAGAAUAUUUACAAACCUCGCCGAUAUUUCUUGAUGCCGGAAAAGAUAGUACUGUAGAGGGCGGCCCGAUUGGGGGCCAGACGAGAGUAACGUUGAGAAAUGAACACUUGUCCUAUAUAUUCACAUGGUACUCUCUGUGUGCAGCUACCCUGUACAUGUGGUAUAGCCGUUAUGGAAAGCGCCUCUUUAGGAGAUGAAGCCAGCCAACAUUAGGAUAAUGGAAGACUGGAUAGUGUAUGUCUUUGUGUGAAUGCCUGCACAUGAUGUCUCUUAGUACCGACUCAUGUCUGUAGAAUUACAAAAAGCUGGAACCCACCAGUCUCUGUUUUUCAGAUUCUGCGGAGGUAAGAAUGCGCAGUUCUGUUUUGGCUUGGCUGAUCAUUGAGAAGGUUUCCGAAAGGUGAUCCAUGGAAGUUUUGUUUUCAUGUAUUGUAAAGUGUAAUAAUUGACCAUUUUUUGGGUGAAAUUUUCAUUCAAAUAUUUAUUCUUGAUGUAAAUAAAA